AUGCUGUCUGAGGCAUCGGCAUUGGAGAGACGAGCUCGAAUCCCGCUGUCACCUAAUGACGACAUCAACGUAUUCCAAGACGGGGACAACAAUAGUGACUACAUUUCAGAAGAGAGCGAUGGUGAUGGCAUCUCCGAUGACAGCCAUGAUUUUGAGUACGGCGGGAUAGACGAAGAGGUUGACGUACUCUCAGACAGUGAUGCGGUCGAGAUGGAUAGAACGCUCCUGGCAUCUCUGCAGGUUGGCAGCAGUACAGUGAGCAGGGCAGCUAAGGAGACGCGCAAGGAAGCACUUCGAUCUAUACCAUGGACUCAGGUUUCGACAGAGCACGAAACGGAUAUAACUGCUUUCCCAGGACUGAGUCUAGAGGAGGCUAGACCUAUUGGUGGGCAUUUGGCGAUCGCCAAUCUUCAUCCUCUUCUACUUCAUGCCGAAAUCCGUAUGGUUACGACCACUACCGAAAAGAAUCGUUACAACCUUCACCAAGCAUACGGCGUACGCGAGAUUCUUCAUGUCGUUGAGCUUAUUGUCGCUCAGAUGCUUUGCCCCCAGAAGAGGUGCUUCCCUGCGCACCGGUCCAUGGUGGACGACGAUGUCAUUCCUGCUGGACUCUUUUGGUGGUACAUGACCCUCGAUAGAUGUCAGCGUACCCUGCGCGAUCUUCACUUCGUAGAUAAUAUCGUCGUCGACGACCGCGACAAGCUGUGGAAGGUGCAGCCCGUGGUUGAGCACAUCCAACAGCGCUUCUUGGCGAGUUGGUCUCUCCCUGCAGUACUGCCUACCACGUCGAGCCGCAACACCAUCUGUAACUUCAUGUCCGGCAAGCCUCACCGGCACGGGUCAAAACUGUUUAUGUUAUGCAAGCACAACAAUGAUGACGGAGGUGACCCUGGCGUUUACUUCAAAACUGGAGCAGCAGCCGUCGUGCGGAACUUGAAAUUUGCGCUCAUUCCAAAUCUACGCCACCCGUGGCAUGCUGGUAUCAUCGAUCGCUAUUACGCGUCUGUGAUUCUUGCCGUUGAGUUUCUAGAGAUGCAAAUCGAUGUGAUUGGAACAAUUCAGACGAACCGCCUGGGUUUCAACAAAAACAUCCAGUCUAAAAGCAAGACAAACCCGCCUAUCAUUCCCCGUGGCCCCUUUUCCUAUUCGUGUUCAGUCGCCGUCCCGACAGUCUGGAGACUGGGUCACCGUCAGUGGCGUCCAAAAAAACCACCAGCUGUCUUGCAAAGUCUAUGCGCUUUUGCGUACAGACAAGAAAAGUCGUACGCAUCGUCAUACUUUUCCAAGCGCUGCUCUACCGACGGCGCGAAGUGCUGGCUGUGCAACAGGAUUCGCCGAGACUCCAAGGGUGUCGCCAAGACAUGUUUUGAAACCUGGCACGACGACCUCGAAGUUGGCCAAGCAAUUUCCCAGAACUUGGGGGGAGCAAGUUCUGCUGCGUCGGCUGGGUCAGAAGCUGGAAAGCGCAAGAAAACACGGCGGGAGCUCCAGAUUCACCGUGACUUAGGUAGCGACGGCUGGAACAGCGACGACGACAAGAAUGACGGCAACAUAAGUGAGUCUUGGCUGCGUUUCAAUUGA